AUGCCCAGGGCAGAUGUGGUGUUCCUAGCAUCUUUAUUUGAAGAAGAGGCCACUCCUAUGAUUACAGCUUAUUUCGACAGUUCUUUCUACCCCAAAAACCAAGUUGCCGGCAUUGGAGUUUGGAUGAUCGAUUCUAAGAAGAAUAAAGUAGCCGACCUUUCUAUCACUUUGCCAGCAACAUCAGUUAAUGAAGCAGAGUACUUGGCGGCUAUCAAUGCCAUGAAGUUGGCCACAAAUCUCAAGUUUAGGCGAGUCACUUUCAUUGGAGAUGUGCAACUCAUCAUACGCCAACUUACUAGAGAAUACCAAGUCCACAAGGAGAACCUGAAAGAGCUAUGGCAGCGGGCGGUCAACCUAAAGGAUGAGUUCUCUCAUAUGACUUUUUAA